CAAAUAGAUAUAUUGUUUUAAAUACAUGUAUUCAUUUUAUAUGAAUCUUGUAUAAAUAAAUUAAUACAAAAUGACUACAUCUACAUCUUCCCCUACACCAACAACAAGAACAACAAACACUACUACUUCUACUAUAUCUCCAACAGUCGACAAUGAUAAACACAUAGGACAGCAAAUUAGCCCACAAGAUGCAGUGACAGCAGCUAUAGCACAAGUUAUGCAUUCACUUCAUAAUAAUCAUACACAACAACAACAACAACUAACACCUUCAUUACAUGUUCCACAACAACAAUCUCAUUCUAUUGUAGGGAAUACAACCACUACUACUGAAGAAGAACCCGUUUAUGUAAAUGCAAAACAGUAUCAUCGUAUUUUAAAACGUAGAAUGGCGCGUUUUAAAUUAGAAGAACAAUAUAAAAUUGCAAGAAAUAGAAAACCUUAUCUUCAUGAAAGUCGUCACAGACAUGCCAUGUCGAGACCUCGAGGACCUGAUGGACGUUUUUUAACUGCUGCUGAGAUUGCAGCAUUAAAGAAUAACCAAGAGCAACAACAACAACAACAACAACAAAUAAAUAACAAUAAUAAUAAUAAUACUAAUAAUAAAGACAACACACAUAUUUAA